AUGCGUGGAGCUGUGUGCGCGCGUUUCCCGCCUCCUCGACUGCACGUCGGGCUCUCGGGAAGGGAGCCCGACCUUUGCUUCGCUUUGUCCCCUCCGCAGCCCCGAAGGCUGUCCUCCGAGCGCAGGCGCCCCGCUCACACCUGCUGCCCCGCACGGAACGGAGCAGAGCGAAGCCAGGCGCCGGAGGAGGAGCGUGAGGCCCGCCGCUCUCGGGGCCGGCCAGGUUUUCCGGCUCUCACCCCUCCUCGCGGGCCUCCCUCCCUCCCGGCGCCCCCGGGAGUGGAACGCGCGGGGCCACCCGGGCGGCGGGCCCCGGGGUUCCGUGCGAGGCGGGGCGGCACCGGCCGCCGGCCCGGCCCAGGCCUCCCGCGCCUCCCCCGCGCCCCUCGGAGUCCCCCUCCAGGGAGGCGGGACCUGGGGGAGACCCGGCACCGGCCCCGCGCGGCGCAGCCCCGGCGCGCCCGAACCCCGCGCUCGCCGCCUGGCAGCCCCGCAGGCAGGCGCCGGGCCGGCCGGGAGGUGGUGCUAGCCUCCCCGCGCCCGGGCCCGCGCGUUGCCGAGCAGCCGCUCGGAGGCUCCGAAGGGGGCGGAGCGGCGAGGCCGGCGUGCGGCUGGCGGCCCCUGUCCGCGGUUCCGGCCCCCGGCCCGCCCCCGCCUCGCCGGCCUCCCUCCGCGCCGGUGCGCGGCGCCCCGUCCCAGCCGCAGCCGCAGCGGCCGCCCCUCCCGGGCCCGACAGCGCCGAGCCCCGAGGCCGGGCCGGGGCGCCGGCCGGGACUGCCGGGGGCGCGGCGCCGACGCCGAGGCGCGGCCAUGGAGGGGAAGACCCGCGCCGGGGUCGCGCUGGUCCCGGGGCCGAGCGGCCGCGGGCCUUCCGCCCGCCGCGCCCGCCGCCUCCGCCGCCGCCCGGGGCUGCUGCUCCCCGGCCUCUGGCUGCUGCUGCUGGCCCGGCCGGCCUCGUGCGCCCCAGAUGAGCUCUUCCUGGAACAGCAAAACCUCUCUUUAUCCUCUGCGGAGCUCAUGAUGAAGAAAAGCACCGUGCACAGCACUGCACACGUGGCCUUAACAGAAACUGCCCCAGGGUCCCAGCAAAGCAGUUCUCUCCAUGUCAUAUCCUCUCCAUCUGCCACUAUUUUUGAUACAAUCUUUUUUAACCAAGGAACACUGACCCAAAGUAUAGCCGAUCACAGCAUCUUGGCGGCCAAUUAUAUGUCGAUGAUGAGCAACGCGGGGAUCAGAGAUGACGAUGAAAUGGAUAACUUUUUGCCAGAAGCUCCCUGGACCACUUCCCGCGCUGUUUCUCCGAUCCAGUAUCUCCCGCUCAGCCCACCAGUGCCGACUCCAUCUUCACCCAUUACUUCUUUACGAGACGAACAGAUGACAUCAGCCUGGCAACAUACAGUGCAACAGCCAACAACGUACACUGAAUCCCCUAGUCAUUUCAGUGAUUUUCGGUCAGCUUUUCCCACAUCUGGGGGCAUACUUCCAACUCGUAGUAGGAACUUGGUGCUUUAUCCUACUGAUGCUUAUGGGCACUCAGCAAGCAGGACUUUGCCGGAGAUCAUGGCUUCAGGCACGGGGGAGGCAGAACCCCUUCUUUCCAACUCUCUGUCUGCAGGGCCUCUGCUCUUAGGUAGUAGCCUUCCUCGGCAGCCGUUUACCUCCUGGGCGGAGGUCUCACCGUCUGCAGAGGAUCUUCUGGCCACAGGCACCGACAGAUACCCCGAGGCAACCACCGCUCCGAGUCCCAGUCUACAAGGAACCAUCCUCUCUAGAACAGACCCUGCUGAGGCUCUGGCAUGGACAGCCCUGGCUUGUAGCAGCGGCAGCCCCAAUUCGGCUUUGUCCCUUUUUCCUCCUGCCUCCGUGUCCUUUUCUCCCCAAUCAGCCGAUGUUUCUUUUCACCCCUUUCUUCCCGGCAGCUCCAGGGAGCCGUCGGAGCUGCCGGGUGAGGCGGCGGUGGCCCCAAGUCUCGUGGACGACCCUGGGGUCCUGAGCCCGGGGUCGUCUCGGAGACCCUACACGUGGUGCGUGUCCUGCCGCGUGGCGUCGCCUCGGCCCGUCGCGUCAGCCAGCCUCCCGGAGCGGGAAGACGUGGGCUCGGGGGACGGCGCCGAGACCCUGUCGGUGACCACCCCGCAGGCCAGCGGCGUCCCUCCGCCCAGCCGCGGAGUGGCAGACUUCUCCGAAUUCGAAUUCGAAGAGGAGCCCCAGCCAUUCAAUACGCUUUUCCCCUCCCGGCCGGUGGUUGCCCUCUCCUCUCCCUCCGGGGGCAACUCGGCCGCCGAGGGGGGUGUGGGGCGAGUCGGGACCACCCGGGUGCCUCUUGCCGGCGGCCACCUCUCCACGCCCGUUUCGCUCAAUCCUGCUCCCUCGGGCUGGUCCCCUGUCCCCGAAGCAUCGGGAGCGCCGUCGCCAUCGAGCGGGGCAUCUGGGCUCCCCUGGGUCAUCAGCAGCGCGCUCCCCGCCGCCUCCGUCCCGGGCACAGCCGACCAGCACCGAGGCCCGCCCGCGGCCGCAGACGCACGUCCUUCCCCGUCCUCCGUCCCGGGCCUGUCGGCGGGGCCCUCGCGGCUCCUUGACCUCGAACCUGGCAGCUUCUCCGCGCCCCACACUGGCGGGGUUUUGGAGUCCUCGUCCGGUUUUUUCUCAACGCCGCCGCUGGAGUUCAGCAGCCUGGCCCUCUCGUCCUCAGAAGCGCUGGCCUCUCCGUCCGCCCCGUCUGUGGCGCCCGCGGGCGACCCGGCGGCCGUCACCGCUCAGGCCUUCUCCACCUCGGCUGAGACGCUGGCCUGGUCGGACGCUCCCCGCGGGCCCUCCACGCCGCUUUCCCUUCCCAAUUCCACAGCCUCUGGCUCUUCCCAGCUCUGGCCGAGUUCAGACCUUCUCAUAAGCACCUUCACGUUCCUUCGUGGCUACUCUGAAGGGUCGCUCCUCUCUGGCUUCCCUUCUGACUCUCUCCAGUUCUCUGAAGCAGCCACGGUUUCCCCGACGGAUCCCGGUGCCCACUUUACCUCAGCCCUCACUGCAACUACCUCCUUCUCUUUUGAGUUGUCGCUCAUGGCCCGUGAAUCUGCGGUCACCACGCCGGUGCCCCCCAGUUCUGAGCCCCCCCUUGACAUUCUGACUCUUGGGACUCACUCACCAACACCUUGGACUGCUUUUCCUACAACACCCAUUUUAGCAGAAUCUUCUCUCCUUCCGUCUCCGACUCCAGCACCUCCCAGUGACGAUGUCAGUGCUAUGGGUGACCACACACCUGUCUUGCCCUCUUUCUCCAAAGUCCUUCCUAGCCCCACACUCCUGGUCACUGAUGUGUACUUGUGGUCAGCAUCCUCCUUGGCUCCUGAGGCGAUCCCCUCCCCUCUCCCUACAGAGCCAAUGUUUGUGGGCCCGUCAUUCCCACCCACAGAUUUACCAGUGAACACCACCAUGGAACUGAACUCACCCAACACCAGUGUUGCCCCUGAUCGUACUAUUGACAGCACCCUGAGCAGCAGGGGUGACACUGCGAGUCAGACCCCCCCGGAGAACAGUUCGGCACGACCGCCGACAUCCCUUCAUCCUGUGCCCACCUCCACUUCUGAAACAAUGGUUGACACUCCAGCGCUGGUAACCACCAAGCCGCCAUAUGUGUGUGAUAUUACAGUUCCUGAUGCCUAUUUGAUCACGACCGUGCUGGCCAGGAGAGCCGUGCACGAGUACAUCAUCACGGCCAUCAAAGAAGUGCUGAGGAUUCACUUCAACCGUGCAGUGGAGCUCAAGGUUUAUGAACUGUUCGCUGACUUCACUUUCUUGGUCACAUCUGGACCUUUCGUUUACACAGCAAUAUCAGUGAUAAAUGUACUUAUAAACAGUAAACUUGUCCGUGACCAGACUCCUUUAAUCCUGGCUGUGAAACCUUCCUUCCUUGUGCCAGAGUCCAGGUUCCAAGUUCACACGGUUCUUCAGUUCGUGCCUCAGAGUGUGGAUACCGGCUUCUGCAACUUCACCCAGCACAUCGAGAAGGGCCUGAUGAUAGCUCUUUCUGAAGUGAGAAAACACCACCAGGGGACGCAUAAUUUCACCGUGCAGAUCCUGAAUAUCACCGUGGGUGCUUCAAGGCCGGCCCCUCGGCGGGGCCCGGUCAAUAUCAUUUUUGCGGUCAAAGGCACGCGGGGGUUUUUGAACGGGACAGAAGUGAGCCAGCUGCUCAGGAACUUGAGCGUGGUGGAGUUCAGUUUCUACCUGGGGUACCCCGUGCUCCAGAUCGCAGAACCCUUCCAGUACCCACAGCUGAACUUAUCUCAGUUGUUGAAAUCCUCCUGGGUGAGAACAGUUCUCCUGGGCGUCGUGGAGAAGCAGCUCCAGAAUGAAGUGUUUCAGGCCGAGAUGGAACGCAAGCUGGCCCAGCUGCUCAGCGAGGUGUCCACGCGGAGGCGGAUGUGGAGAAGGGCCACCGUCGCUGCCGGGAACAGCGUGGUGCAGAUGGUCAACGUGUCAAGGCUAGAGGGAGAAGACAAUCCUGUGCAGCUCAUCUACUUUGUGGAGGAUCAAGAUGGAGAAAGACUCAGUGCAGUCAGGUCUUCAGAUCUGAUUAACAAGAUAGAUAUCCAGAGAGCAGCCAUUAUCUUGGGUUACCGCAUUCAAGGUGCUGUUGCCCAACCCUUGGACAGAGUGAAGAGGCCGUCCCCCGAGUCCCAGAGCAGCAACCUCUGGGUCAUUGUCGGCGUGGUCAUUCCAGUGCUGGUGGUCAUGGUGAUUGUCGUCAUCCUGUACUGGAAACUCUGCCGCACGGACAAGCUGGACUUCCAGCCUGACACGGUGGCCAGCAUCCAGCAGCGCCAGAAGUUGCAGAUCCCUAGUGUGAAGGGCUUUGACUUUGCUAAGCAGCAUCUGGGUCAGCACAAUAAAGAUGACAUCCUGAUGAUUCACGAGCCAGCACCACUGCCCGGACCUGUGAAGGACCACACCACGCCCUCUGAGAACGGAGACGUGCCGAGCCCCAAGGCCAAGAUCCCCUCCAAGAACGUCCGUCACAGAGGAAGAGUUUCUCCCUCGGAUGCUGACUCUACUGUAAGCGAGGAGUCCGGCGAGAGGGACGCUGGAGACAAGACGCCGGGAGCGGUGAACGAUGUCCAGCCCCACAGAGCUCCGCAGAGCGGGCCACCACCGCCCAGUUCGGGAAAUGAGCAGCACUCGUCGGCCUCCAUCUUCGAGCACGUGGACAGGCUGUCCCGGUCCUCGGAGGCCAGCCGGCGGGUCCCCAGUAAGAUACAGCUGAUCGCCAUGCAGCCCAUCCCGGCACCUCCGGUCCAACACCCCGGACUGGCCGACCGGGUGGCUGAAACCAACAAAAUUAACAAAGAGAUCCAGACGGCGCUGCGGCACAAGUCCGAGAUCGAGCACCAUCGGAACAAGAUCCGGCUCCGUGCCAAGCGCCGCGGUCACUACGAGUUCCCGGUGGUGGAUGACCUGUCCUCGGGCGACACGCGCGAGCGGCACCGCGUGUACCGCAGGGCACAGAUGCAGAUUGACAAGAUCCUGGACCCCACGGCCAGCGUGCCCUCUGUGUUCAUAGAGCCCAGGAAGAGCUCCAGGAUAAAGCGAUCUCCCAAACCACGCCGGAAACACCAGGUCAAUGGCUGUCCCGGCGAUGCUGAGAAGGACAGACUCAUCACCACAGACAGCGACGGCACUUACAAAAGGCCCCCCGGGGUGCACAACUCUGCCUACAUCGGUUGCCCGUCCGAUCCCGACCUCCCGGCCGACGUGCAGACACCGUCCUCAGCUGAGCUGGGGAGGUAUCCAGGCCUGCCCUUCCCAGCCUCCCAGUAUAUCCCGCCCCAGCCGUCCAUCGAGGAGGCGCGCCAGACCAUGCACUCCCUCCUGGACGACGCCUUUGCCCUCGUGGCCCCCAGCAGCCAGCCUGCCAGCGCUGCGGUCCCAGGCCCUGGGGUCCCAGCCGUCCUGCCUGUGAACAGCACCCCUUCCCGGGAGGAGAGGCGAGCCACCCAGUGGGGGUCCUUCUACAGCUCUGCUCAGACGGCCAACAACCCAUGUAGCAGAUAUGAAGACUAUGGAAUGACUCCUCCAUCAGGCCCAUUGCCGAGACCAGGUUUUGGGCCCGGUUUGCUGCAGUCUUCGGAGCUCGUGCCGCCGGAGCCCCAGCAGCCACAGACGUCGGCAGAAGCCCCGUUUGCCGCCCGAGGGAUCUACUCGGAGGAUGUGCCAUCGGUGGCCCGGCCACGGCCCGUCGGGGGCACUACAGGCUCCCAGAUUCAGCAUCUGACACAGGUGGGAAUUGCAAGCAGAAUUGGAGCCCAGCCAGUGGAAAUCCCACCCAGCAGAGGCGGCCAGUAUGGGGGACCCGGCUGGCCUUCAUAUGGGGAGGAUGAAGCUGGCCGAAGAGAGGCUACGCACGUGCUUGGACAUCAGGAGUACUCUAACUCACCGCUGUUCCAGGUGCCAAGGACUUCAGGCAGGGAGCCUUCCGCUCCUCCCGGGAACCUCCCACACAGGGGGCUGCAGGGCGCAGGGCUGACUUACACCACCAGCUCCACGGAAGACCUCCAGCCCGGCCACUCUUCAGCUUCACUCAUCAAAGCGAUCCGCGAGGAGCUGCUCCGGCUUUCCCAGAAACAGACCGCGGUGCAGAACUUCCACAGCUGAUCGGCAUCGCCUUGCAGAUUUGCCAAGUAUCUGCUUCCCGUGGAAGCAAGACUAAAUGGAAAUCAAUGAAAUGGGUGUUGGUGAGAGAACGUGCCUCUCCUGGGCUAGGUGCCCGUGGGAGGGAGCGAGCGGCAAAGUUAGAAGAUGCCAUAAGUCACGGGACUGCUCAUGAUGCUUUUAAUAAGUGGGCAGUUUUUUGACCACUUGGGUUGUAUUCGACAUGUACAUACUUUUGGCCAAAAGCCAGCAGCAUUUUGUGAAGGCAAACCACAAACCUAAGCUAACGAAAAAAAAAAUCACUAAAUUCGUCUCCUUUUUAAAGGUAAAAGGUGGAAAUGUGUAGAUGGUAUAGGUAUGAACAGAAUCGAGCAUUUCCGUGGGAAGGUGUGAUUCAGACUGGUUUGUAUGGGGAACUUGCUGCUUUGUUUUCUGAGAAAAGAGAUUUGAAGACAUUUUAUUAACAGCUUGAUUUCCCUCUUUUUCUCCAUAGGAACUUAUUUUAAUAGUCAUAUUAACAACAAAAAUACUAAGACUGUUUGGGAAUUAAAAAAGCUACUAGUGAGAAACCAAAUGAUAGAUUGUAGAGCCUGAUGAUUCCAAAAGAAGCCAUCAUCUGCAUUUUUCCUUCUUCUUCUGGUGCUACAGCUCCGAGGGCCCCUCCACCUUUAUGUCUGUGAAAUGCAACUUUGGCUUUUGCAGUGGUAGGAACACGCUGAAGAUUUCAUUUUGUUCUAGAAAGAAAAAAACAACCAACCUCCCAAACGGGGUGGGGUGGGGGCCUGGGGGAAAGUUUAAUAUUUAUUUGGUUAUUGAAAAUACAUAUUGAAGUUUAGAUUUACAUUCUUAAUUGUAUUUGCUGUUUAUUAAUUGGGCGCAUGCAAGUACCAACAACAUCCCAUUUCGGUGCAUGCCAUCAUUAAGGUCAGACCUAUAGAAGGAGGCUUUCAGGAGGUCAUAACCAAUCCUUGCACUUGGCUGAUGAGUUGCUCAGAAAUUAUGUUUGAAUGAGAAAAAAAAUUAUUUACCAAAACUACCAGGGCCAACAAAUUGUUAUUCACAAGUACAUUUCUAGUAAUCACAUUCUCUGUGUUCAAGACCUGGAAAUGGAACAGAGUUCAAUCCAGCCUCUCAGUAAUAAAUCAAGAAAUGUAAAGAAGAGCUUUGAGGACCACAAGGGAAAGGCAAGAGUUGCUCCUGGUUUCCGAUUUUAUUGUGCACGACCACUGAGUGACUGUUAAAACCAUCUUGUGUUCUUGUGGCCUGACAGAGGGUACCAUCUGUCUUGAGAUUCACUACUGAAGUAAACAUUUCCCUACUUCCCCAGCUAGAGUAAGGAAUAUAAUAACUAGGGCCAUUCUUUUUUCUGAUACCUGAGUGAAGCACAGAGGAAAACCAUAACAGAUUUCCACUAGGAAUGCUUUUUUAUUAGAUCUGCUAAUACUUUUGAUGAACGACAGAUAAACAGAUUUGGAGCUCUGAUGAAUCAAAAUCUGUAACAAAUUUUAAGAACCCUGAAACAGCUAAAAUAGGUUUCUGAAGUGUAAUCAUUGGGGGCCACAAUCAUGUUUUAGCGCUUCCUUAAUGAAGCUGGUCAGACAGUCUGAUGAUACAGGGAAUAUUUCUUCUGGGAAGUUAAAUGUAGCCUUUUCUUCCUCUGUGCCAGUAUUCGGGAAAUACCAGCUUACCUGAAUAUGUUAGGAAUUUGAGAUAGCCAAGCAGAAUUUUAUUACGGACACCUUACAGUAAAUUCAGGUUGUGUGACAGCAAAUGGAGUAAACGUAGGCCCUUUCCUGCCAUUCUGCUCAGUGUCCUCUUUGCACACAGUGUACUAAGAAUGGUUACCUCCUCCGUACAUCCCAGAAAUGGGUUUCUGUUUUCCAGAGGGCUGCAGUAGUGAUUUGAUGCCUUUCAGACUAGUAUAAAAGGAUUCCACCUGUAUUGUUAUGCUUAGAAUUGAUAGACUUUUCAACUAAUGUCAUGACCAAAGAUAACAUAGGAUAACCUGUAGUGUGUGAUGUGGUGUGGGCAGGCUCAUGGGAUCACCAGCCCUCUUGUUUUGAUUGUAAAGCACACUCUGCAACUGUUCCCUCUGAACACCUACAGCAGUUUUCUGUCACCAAACUCAGGACAGACUGACUUUUGUUGGGAGCACCACACCCAAGUGGGUCUUUGGACACUCGGUUAACAUGAUCUACUUAAAAGAAAGGUUCUCACGUUGAUCUUGUGUGGCUUUGGAGUUCCAUUAACUGAAGUACUCUAAAAUGAAAAGUCAAAUUUUGUGUCUAUUCUCUUUUCCUAGUUUAAGUCAGGUGGUGGGACACUUGGGUGGCUCAGCUGGUUAAGCGGCUGCCUUCGGCUCAGGUCAUGAUCCUAAGGUCCUGGGAUCGAAUUCCACAUCGGGCUUCUUGCUCAGCAGGGAGCCUGCUUCUCCCUGUCUGCCUGCCACUUCCCCUGCUUGUGCUCACUCUCUCUGAUUUAAAAAAAAUAAUAGUAAAAAAAAAAGUUCUAGUGGUAAUCAUGCAAGCCAUUAGGUUGAGUCAGAAUUUCAGAGGGGGUUGGAGAUCAUUUUCAGAGUCUACUUAGUCACCAACUUGCUAUGUCAGGUACCUUCCUGAGCCUCUUCUCCUCAUCAGCCAGAUGAGGACAGAUCUCUUCUGUCCACUCCCAGAAUUGAUUGUUUCAAGAUUCAGAUAUGAUCUUGUGUGCAAACAACCCUUGAGGAGGGUGCAUAAAUCUUGGUGAAAUGUAAAAUGUUAUCUGUAUGAUUGAACUGGUAUUGGACAGUCCGACAUGCUGUUACCUACCAGUGAAUGACUUCACAUGGAGGUAACCAGAGCAAAACUAAGGGCGCCAUGUGACUCCUCUUCCUUUUUCUCUAUUUGCUUGAAAUUCACUUCCUUCAUCCUUAACUUUAAAACAUCAUUUAUCAAACAUCUUUUUGCACCCGAAUUUUUGCCAUUUCUAGCACCAAAAAUGUCAACAUUAUUCUUGUCUUUUAGAGCUUAGAAUUUAAAUCAGAUAGCAUAGCUGGGUAUAAAAGAUGGAAGCUACAGAUACACCAUGUGGUGUGAACAUCAGUAAGAUUCACUGAAAGUACGCAAGUGCAUUGGGUACUCAGGAGAAGGAAUGUUGCACAUUUGGAAACCAGGGGUUCCUGGGGAGGAGCCCACUUCAAAAGCUACUUUAACGAAGGUUGGGGAGCUGGUGAGAUGGCAAGGGAAGAGCUGGGAAUGGGCAUGGCGAAGGAUGGAGAAAUUGGAUGAAGCUGUCCUUGAAAAUGAACUUGAUCUACUGCAAUAUGGAUACAGGAUCCCUAACUGCACCAUAUAGGGAGUUCUAAACAAGAGGAGGAAAUGGGGCUGUGAGAAUGUGUUUGCAAGAAUACAGUGAGACAGUGGCUGGGUCUGUGAAGAAGGUCUGCACAGCAAGAGAUCCAGUCUGGAGGAGGGAAGAGAAGGGUACCAAGAACUGCUGAAGGACCAAUUGUAAAGUAUGAAAAUAUUGUAAGAAUUCCACCGAGGUUUACUGCUUAGGGCAGCUCUCAGUGGUCAGCCAUUCAAACACAUUAAGUCCUUUGUGGAGCAUAGUAGGUUAUAACUAAACAUAUUCCACUUCUGUGUAGCUAUCUACACAAUUUUCUCCAAAUUUUAUUUGACUUCAGAGUAUGUUUUGACUUUGGUGGGACAUGGCUUUUGAGCACCAGACGAAGCAGGUUUUGCCAGCCAGAUUUUUCCGGGCCUGAGGCCUGUGAUUCAAAGCAUAGGUGACAGAGUACCUGAAGGCUUUGGGCCAAAACAGGUAAUUCUGUGUUUUAUGAGCCUCCCAUUUAAUUGUGUACAGGGUCAGUGUUUACUGCAUUGCCCUUCUUAGUGCUCCAGUGGCCAAACCAGUCACUGGGACACCGAUUUGCAUUUGCAGUAAUUCACAUGUUAAUCAUUAAAUACACUUCUCUUUCCCUUUCAUAUUAGAUUCUUAGACGUGAAUGCAUUUGCUGGUUGAAAGGAAAGCUGGUUAAGGUUCUGGGCAGGUGAGAAGGGGGCCUCCAGUCUUAACGGCCAUACCGACUUCAGCUCAAGGUGAGCUUUAGCCAUUCCUUUUCUACCUCCAAAGCCAGUCUCCAGAGCCUGCUUAUCCACAUUUGUCCCUGACAGGAGUGUGAAGGAGUCCACUUCUAGACAUGCACACUGACCAUUUGAUCACAAAACAUGUUUUUAUGGAAUGGUAACCUGGACUUCAUUUUUACAUUUAAUCCAACACAUGAAUGAAUAUUCUUAAAACAGGUGAGAGGGGUCUCUAAGAGCAGCUGCUGUAACAUACUCAUAAAAUGUAAUAGGCUCAUACUUACUACCUAAUGAAUAAGGAGUGUGUAUAUUUUAGGUUUCUUUUGAUAUUCUUGGAAGUGACUUUGAGUGUUUAGGACUCCCCUCCCUAGUAUUAAAAAGACUUGAAAGCUGAAACCUCACGGUACGAUCCUAAUUCCAAGCUCAUGCGUGUUAAUAGUACAUUUAAGAACUUAUCUUAAGAACACGCAGCAGCAUUGAAAUUUAGGAAAAGAAUAUUAAAUGCCUUGGAAAUACGAAGCAAAGUUAGGAACCAGCGAGCAAGUGAGAGAAGGAAUGGAUGUCUUAAUCUGAGGUGGUCUAGCCCAAAGUAGUUUCCCACAGGGUAGUUCUACAGGAUCCUUGCUUUUCCUUCUUCUUCCAAGUUUUUCUGCUCUGGGGCCACUUCACAUUUCAAGAAAGAGUGAAUGGUAGAAGAAACAGAGAUAGAAAUUGCAGUGAUUUGAGUCACUCGGUCCCUGGUUCCACCGAAACGUUUCUGGACAUCUUGGAGCAUCAUGAAGGGUCUCAUGCCCCCGGUUUAGGCAUUCAUGACUUGACUUCCUAAGUGUGCAAGUUAGGAAUAGUACAGGACCAAGUUUAAUCCAGACCCCCUGUACUGUUCCUCUUGUUCAUGUGGGGAAAGAUGGAGACUCCACUGAUGAAUGCACUCGCUCUAAACACCAGAGGGCUCAUUUCAGAAAGGGGGGGGGGGUAAACACUCAGCUUGGCCCUCCUCCAGAGAAUCCUUGAGGGAGCAUGAAGAUUGGGUUCAUUACCUGGCUCAGCAGAUCUGCUUUGGGAUACCCACCUGUCUCCUCCUACUUUGUCAAGGUCCAUGUUCUUCAUACUUCCUGCUCUCAUUCCUGGACUGUGAGUGAUAAUGUACGAAAAUAUGCAGAGUAAAUUGAGGCCACCUGUGGCAUCGAUACUGCAACUUGAACUUGACAAUCAUGGUUUGCUGGUCUCAAAUGGGCACUUAAAUUUCAGCGUGGGUAUAUGAUUUAGUAAUCGAACCCUCCCUUCUGUUUGUCAGUUAUGUUUCUACCCUUCGAUUAGCCGCCCUGUUUUCUAAUGUGCUGUAGAGUUUUUGAAAUAAUUUAUGCAAGUGUUUGGUUUCCAUGUUUACAAUUUAUACUGCUUUCCUAGCAUUUUAAAUGGAAAUGUCAAUAAAUGCUAUAAUUGGUGUCAAA